CCGCUGCUCGCUCCCCGAGGCUCCAGUUGACUUCAGGAUGAGGCGGCCCUGCUGCUCUCUGAGCCCGGAUUAACAAGCAGAGAACAGUUUUUUUAUUCACCUGUCAGCUGAAGCCAAUAAAAGAAACAAAAAACACAAGAAGCACAAGCAUCCAAGUCAGGAACGUGCAAUGCUGAUGGAAGUGUGUUACACUAAUGGACUGGAGACAGACCUUUCGCAGCAGUAUCCUCCCCCCUACUGCCAAAACCAGGCAAAGACAAUGCAAGGCUUCAGAAACUCAAGAAGAAGAGAGCCAAGAAAAAAGGCAGCCUCUCUCAGACGCCCAUCCCCUUCCGCUCCUGUUUAUCGCCUGUCAAUGAAGCCAGCACAGACCUAGAGCACAGUGACCAGUGCAGCCCACCAAGGACACCAGAGUCACUCUAUGUUGCUGACUCCUCUGUCUCCAGUUAUCCCGUUGGUUCGUUCUACAAUCACUCUGUCCCUGCAUUCCCUCACCCUCAGGGCAGUCUCAAUGGACAAACCAAUAGCUUUCACCCGCCAUCCCACCCAGCCGGGUUCAGGACCUCUGAGCUGCAAGUGGCUCCGCUGUACGAAUGCUCCUCUUUCCUAUUUGAUGAUACUUCUCCCUUCAUAGUUCCACCUUUGACAUCUUCUGCAGCAUGGCAGCAGGUUUCUGCACCACGUCUUCCCCCAGCUUUCAACAUAACUUCAAAUUCCCAUGGGUCAGUCACAACAACCUCUCCAGUUGCUAUUUCGCAGUGCAGCCCAAAAAUAUCAACCCACAGCCUGACCCUGUCCACUGGUGCCGCCAACUCCGGCAUUGACCUAACACCUUCUCACAUUGCAGGUCUCUCCUGCUCCGGUGCCCCUAUCAGUUUCAAACACUCACACACAGCCAUUCAUUCCCAGCCAGAGGGAGACAAACUAAUAUAAAGAAUGACUUUCAGAGACAGACAUUAACUAGAGCUAACGUAGCCUGCAUUGGCAACAGUGCUCUUCGGCAGAUGUCUUCUGAGAUAACAGCUUCUAAAAUAUCUCUUGUCGACGCAGUGAAAGAGCCAAAGACUGAAGCCAUGCCAGCUAAAAUCUAUACAUCAAAGGCCACAUUUUAUGAGAUAUCCAAACCUCACUCUGUCCAGGAUCUCACAGUGAUGAACCUAGCCCACCAAGGAGCCUCUUUAUCUGGAGGAUUCAGUCAGAAAGCCUCUGUGCCAUCAGUAAAAUGCUGAUCAGGAACUGUCUUCACCUUGGAUACAGAGUGUGAGACCUUUGCCUUUGGCUUACACACCAGCUCAAAUAUCAACUCCUAUUUUUGAAACGUCAAAACCCAACCCACUUACAUCGACUAUGAACCCUACUUUCAACCCCUUCCAGGAUUUACAAGCAUCAGUUAUUAAGAAAGAGGCACUAAGAGACAAUCCAGCAAUUCCAGGUUGGUCUUUGGGUAAACCUUCAGCUGUGACUGAAGCACAAAACCAAACUGAUGACAAUAAUCAAACUUUCAUCAAACAACAAAACAUGUAUAGGGAAAUAGACAUUCCCAGUACACGGAAGAGUACAAUGAAUCUAAGUAUGGUCACUUGUGAGUCACACCCCAGAGAGAAUAUGAGUAUGCAUGAAUUUCCUGUGGUUAGACCUACAAUAACACAGUUUAUCAACCCCAACACAGACCAGGUUGAGGAAAGCAAAGUUUCAUUGCUGCCAAAGGUUCCAUCAUUUCUUUCUGUACCAACAAAUCUCAGCUCUACACCUUUGAUUUCAGUGCAAGGGUCACAAAGUCCAAGCCCAGUGUUCUCCAACUAUCGUCCUCCUGUAGUGGAGGCACGCAAGUCUUUGACCUCACUUUUGGAGACACAAAUGUCAUUAGCAAGCUCGAAGCCCAAAUCCCGUUCUACAUAUUACGGACUAACUCCAGUUGAAUAUGCUGCCUAUGGUGGAAUAAGGACAGGUCUUUCGCAUGGCAGUGCUGCGCAUCCUGCCACUGAUGAAAACCCUGACAUCACCCCUACAGACAAAACUCUAGAGGACUCAGGUGUCUCAAAGCAGGAAAAACAUUUCAAUGGACUUGAGGACGUAACCUCCGUGGGACACAAAGAACUGUCAUCCCACUCAGAAGUUCCAGAGGAAGGGAUUUUCACACACUGCAAUGACAAUAUCACAGAGGAAAGUUGGACUGGAACUCAGGAUGUUGGGAUAGAGUCAGUAAAAACAUCUGCAGCGGAAACAAUAGAACCCAACGUUCCCUUUGGAUUGGCACAGAAAACAAUACUGCAAUCCACAAGUGAUGCAUCCACAACUAAAGCCUCAUACUCAGAGGCUUCAAUGUACCUAAACCAGGUGAGGUACACACAAAAGGUCUGGUGCAGUUUUUGGCAGAGGCAGGGCAAAAAACAAGCAUUGAUCCAAACAUUUACUCCUCACCUUUGGUCAAAGAUUUAA